AAUAUGGCGCUGUCUAAAGUAACAGAAGUGAUGGCAGACAUUCCAAUGAGUGUGAAGCUUGUUGGCACUACCGUGGUAUCGGGGUUGGUACUGACAGCGGCAUGGAAGGGACUUUGGACCUAUCUAACCUACAGUAAGAAGGUGUACCCUAAGGACACCAUCAUUAUCCAUCAGUUAGGCCGUGGUCCGUGUGUGCCCAGCCUCACCCCCUUUGCUAUAAAACUGGAGACGUUCUUCCGGAUGGAGGGUAUUCCAUACGUGAACGAACAUAACUUGUUAAACACAAGUCGAAAAACAGGGAAAAUACCAUUCAUGGAGUACAACGGAGAAGAGGUUCCAGAUAGCGAGUUUAUCCUCGAGUUCCUCAGUAAGGAGAAGAAAUUCGACCUCAACAGGGGACUGUCUCCGGAGCAAAUUGGAAUCGGUAGGGCCUUCCAGAAAAUGGUCGAGGAAAACACUUACUGGUGCAUGGUAGCAGACAGAUGGAUUCUUGAUGACAAUUGCACUGUUUUAAGAGAGGCCGGAGCUCCUCGUAUUUUAUGGCCAAUAUAUAAAAGCAGACUGUUGAAGCAGCUGCAUGGGCAAGGGAUUGGGCGUCACCCACCGGAGAAAAUACGUCACAUUAUGUCGGAAGAUCUCAAGGCGCUGUCCAACUUCCUCGGUUCAAAGAAGUUCUUCUUUGGUGACAAAGCAUGCAAAUUCGAUUGUGCAAUAUUUGGAAUACUGGCGGAACUCAGAUGGGCGUUAUUUGGUGGAUUAGAAUCGGUUAUUAGAGAAUAUCCCUAACCUAUGUGACUACUGUGAGCGGAUGAAGGAAUCGUUCUGGCCAGACUGGGAGGAGUGUAUACAAAAAGACUGUACUAAAUGAGUGGAACUUCUAAUAAAGAUCAAAACAGCACAGUUAUUCAGUCAGGGUUUGCCUAACCCUAUUGAAAAAUAUGUCACAAGUAAGCAGUGACUGAGGAUGUACAGGAGGCUAACCCAGAGGAGACUUCAUUCAAGUUACCCUGCAAUUCGUUUUCGGCCAUUGAAUGUAUCAAUAUAUACUCGAGCACCACGAUAUUUUUAGGGGAAAAAAAUAAGAUUGGAAAAAAUGUUAUAAUGUACCAUUCCACUUACUGUAAUGUAUAUAAAAAUAACAAUAGAUUGGUUUUAUGACUCACUGCUGAAACCGAAAUCACUCGAUGGAAAAAAAGUAAUUUUCAAAAGCUUCUGAUUAGUUUUAGAACUCAUUAAGUUUUUGGAUAUGUGUUCUUGUAUAUUUUCGCGAUACAAGGGCAAAGAUGAAAAAAAAAUCUUAUAUAAUAUCAGGACACAAAUCCUGUAUACAACCUUCAAAAACUACUUAGUCACUACAUGUACUUAGUUUUAAAAUUGGUGUUUUCCGUAAUAGGGACAGUACCCAUGUUUCUGGUUAAGGUGUACAACAUUAAAGAAAACGGAAAAUGCGAUUUACUUGCCUUUUUCAUAUAAAUAUAUAUAUUACCGUUAUUAUUGUAUGCGUGUAAUUGAUGGUGCAGAAUCCAUCAAAAUAAACUUCAUGAUGAAUUAAUCAUCAACAUUAGCUUCAGCUUACACUUAAUACAAGCUGUAUGGUAAGCACGAUUUCUUUGUCCCCUAUUAUGAAUUUAGUUUCCAUCCUAGAGCUUAAAGUGUCAUACAUGCUUCACUACCUUGUUUAUAUGUGCCAGUUAAUUCAAUAUAAAGGACUUAUUACUCUGUA